AUGGUAGAGAAAAAACCAUCCGGUAGCAGUUCGUCCCAAAAUGGAGGUUCGAUUAUUUUGAAAUGUAAAGAUCUACGGACUCUACAGUUGGAUAUUGCUCAACCAGAAGACUUUCACAACAUAUAUCUAUCGAUAUUACGUCUCUCUAAUCUAGAAAAACCUGAAUUACUCUAUCCAUUCUUUUAUAGACCUAUGUACAGCAUCUUAGAAGAUGGUUAUACUCUCUUUGGACCUGAAGUUGAAUUUACAAAGCUCUUGGCAAGUGAGGAAUGGAGAUUAUCUCAUGUUAAUAGGACCUACUCUGUGUGCAGUAGUUACAGUUCAUUGCUUGUAGUACCAAAGAAUAUAGAUGAUGACACAAUCACAGCCUCUGCUAACUUUAGGCAAGGGGGUAGAUUCCCAAUUUUAAGUUAUAAGCAUGACAAUGGGACAGUAUUGUUAAGAAGUAGCCAACCUUUAUUGAAUGGAUCUAACAGGAGAUGCAAAGCAGAUGAAAAGAUUUUAAAUUCAGUGCUUGGUCCAUAUAAGAAGGGCUACAUCAUUGACAUGAGGAGCUCCUCAUAUGUAAGCAAUUGCAAAAGCAAGGGAGGAGGUACAGAACCGGAUGGUUACUAUAAUCAGUGGAAGAAAGUUUUUAAGCCUUUAGAUAAGAUUUCUAAGUGUGAUGGAUCUGUGAUGGAGCAUAUUUCUAAAAUGGUAGAUGCUUGUGGUGAUACAAAUUCCACUUCUGAUAAAUGGCUCUCUAGAUGUAGUAACUGGCUAACACAUAUUCAGAAUGCUUUGAAUGCAGCAUGUCUUGUGGCUCAAUGUUUGGACAAAGAUGGUGCCUCAGUAUUGGUGCAUGGGUCUAGUGGGCUUGAUGCCACACUUAUUGUCACCUCAAUUGCUCAGGUCAUUCUGAAUCCUGAUUGCAGAACUGUAAGAGGUUUGCAGGCUUUGAUAGAAAGAGAAUGGCUACAAGCAGGCCAUCCAUUCCAUACAAGGCAUCUGAAGUUCUGCUUCUAUAAUUCUAAAACAAAAGGAGUCCAGCCAACAUUUCUCAUUUUUUUGGAUUGCAUCCAUCAACUACACCAGCAAUUUCCUUGUAGUUUUGAAUUCAAGACUGACAUGCUCAUACUCAUUUUUGAACAUUCAUACUGUAGUCAAUUUGGUACAUUUCUGGCGAAUUGCGAGAAAGAACGCGUCCAAAUCGAGCUCUUCCGCAAAACGACAAGUUUAUGGUCGUACCUGAACCGCCCUGAUGUACUUACUUCUCUCCUGAACCCCAUCUAUGAGCCCAACAGGGCUCCUAUUUGGCCCAGCGUCGCUCCUGUCAGUUUAGAGCUUUGGACCGACUUUUACUUGAGGUGGGUGGUCGAUCAACAGCAACAACGCAAGGCGGGACAGAAAGUACAGAAGUUGGUGCAACACGCCAAGGAUCUCAGAAGCCAGGUUUGUUUAGAGUGUAAAGCUUACGGAUGGCGACACAAAAUUUCUACACUAUUUACCAAUAUUUCUCCACUCCAUACAUUCUGGCAUCUAUUUUUCUCCUUGCGUUGA